GAAAUAGAAGCACAACCGACCGUUGCUAGCAUCACAACAACAAAUUCGUCCAACUAGUUGUCGUCGCCACAAAUCAAAUUGAACUAUCCAUCACCAACAUCUUCUCCAACACAUCCCGUUACAGUAUAUGGAAGAUGACAUUUUGCACUAUCAUCAGGGGGCGAGGAGACCCAAUACACACUAUCAAUAAAGAAGAAACUGAUGAGGAAAGCGGCUAAGCAAGAAACGACCACUUGCAAAUCACAGAAACAGCUACUAUGGGAGUGGGCAAGGUAGCUCUCUCACCCUCAGAGUCCUGGGAUAUACCCCUUGCAGCUAUCUUCUGUAUUGCUAUUGCAACAUAUGUUGUCCUAGUCAUUAUAGGUUUAAGUAUAAGACAGUGUUUGUUGAAGAAAGGUAUAUGUGGAGGACAAUGUCAUUAUAUACCUUGCUGUAAUUGUGCCGAGCUAGGUUUACAUUGUGCCCAAGCAUGUUGCAACUGGGGCCCCAAGCCAUCAUGUUCUUCUUUACUGGACUACUGCUGCCCCACACAUCAGAGUUGCAGUUGCCCUCAUUUUGACUCUUGUGUGAUGUGCACAAAAUGUUCAAGAUGCAACAUGUUUGGAAACAACCUUUGCCAGGAUUCCUGCCAUUCAUGUAGAAAUUGGUGUGCCGCUCCUCCGAUGUGUGCCGCUGGGCAGCUGUGUGAUUGUCAGAGCUGCUCUUGUACCUGUACUACUCCUGAAUGUUCGACCAUCAACUGUCUGUGUUUUGAAGUUACCAUUAAAGGACGUGGUCAGCAGGAGGAAAGCUAACCAAAAUAUCAUGAAAUUGUAGGCCUUUAUUUCUGUAACAGAUUGGUAUUGUCAGCUUUUCCCCAUGAUUAUACCUUUUAUGAACAAUUCUGUAUUGUUUGCCAAGUAGAAAUAAUAGAAUGUAUUUUAAUUUUUUUAAAUAUUGUUAUAAUUACCGAGUACUUACACAACCGUAUAAGAAUCUGUAUACACUUCAAGCAGAGAAGAUAGCUUUCUUUACAUUUCAUAUAUAAUUUUAUAUUAAGCCAUCAUGAUUGCAAGUUAGCUGAAUAGUUUUAACUCUUUUUCUAUGACAGUUCAUUCAUCAAGUAUUCUUCCGUAAAUAUUAAAAACAAAUUUCUCUAAAAUAAUUAUCCAUAUUGAUUUUUGAGCUAAUGAGUUUUCUGAAGACUUUUAACUAUGUUUUGGCAUAAGAUUUGACUGUGUGAUAUCCGUUUAUUUGUUAGUAGGAAUGAAAGGUGCUUGUACUGUAUAUUGACACAUAAAUAAAAACAAGUUACAUGUG